AUGACCUCCACAACGCAGAAUAUUGUUUUCUUCCACCCAGAUUUGGGGAUCGGCGGCGCUGAACGCCUCGUUAUUGACGCCGCUGUCGGCCUCCAGAAUCGAGGCCACAAGGUCACCAUCUUUACUUCGCAUUGCGAUCCCAAACACUGCUUCGAUGAAGCGCGCGAUGGAACCCUUGACGUUCGAGUACGCGGAAACACCAUCGUUCCCCCCACCAUCCUCGGCCGAUUUGCGAUCCUCUGUGCGAUCCUUCGACAGCUGCACCUGCUGGUGCAGAUUGCGCUGUACUCUUCGGAGCUACGAGACCUCAAGCCUACAUCAUUCUUCGUAGACCAGCUCAGUGCCGGCAUCCCGCUCCUUCGACAGCUGCAGCCCAAUGUCCCGGUCAUAUUCUACUGCCAUUUCCCAGACAAACUCCUCGCGAAGAAGGGAGGCAUAUUGAAAGCGUUAUACAGGGGGCCGUUUGAUUGGCUUGAGAGCUGGAGCACUGGAUGUAGCGAUACUGUCGUGGUCAAUAGCAAGUUCACGAAGAGCGUGUUCGGCGAAGCUUUCCCUAGCCUAAAGCACCGAGAACCGGGCGUCGUAUACCCAUGCGUGGAUACAACUUCGAGGGAUAAGAUUGAGGAGAUACAGCCACUAUGGAGCAACAAGAAGGUUCUUCUGAGCAUUAACCGAUUUGAGAAAAAAAAGGAUGUUGCCCUUGCGGUUAAGGCAUACGCUGGGCUCUCUCCGACAGAGCGGAGGAACACGAGGCUUGUCAUAGCAGGCGGCUACGACCCACGGGUCGCCGAAAAUAUCUCCACGUAUACUGAGCUCUGCGAACUCGCCAACUCGCUAAACCUGAAGCAUGCCACCGCGAAGACCUUAAUAACUGCUCAGCGUAUCCCGGAUGACAUCUCGAUUCUUUUCCUUCAUUCCGUGCCGAACGCUUUCAAAUCCACCCUACUCUGCACCUCACGCCUCCUCGUAUAUACUCCACGCAACGAGCACUUUGGCAUCGUGCCCCUCGAGGCUAUGUUAGCAGGCACACCCGUACUAGCAGCCAACGAGGGCGGUCCAACAGAGACGGUGAUUAGUGGCCAGACUGGCUGGCUUAGGGAUGUGAAGAAAGUGCAGGAUUGGACGGAGGUUAUGCGCAUAGCGCUGGAAGAUGGACCCGGAGAAGAGCGGCUCAAAGAAAUGGGGAAGUGGGGUAGGGAGAGGGUGAUAUCGGAAUUCUCUAAAGAGAAGAUGGCAGAGACGCUAGAAGCUGAGAUCCAGGGCAUGACGAGGAUUUCGAGGCGGCUUGUUAUAAGCUCAACAGCCGCUAUUUUUGCUCUUAGCUUGUUUGGUGGUCUGGUUAGUUCAAUUAUUUGGUAUGCAAUCAGCUAG